AUGCAAGAGAAGAUGCCUCGCGAGCUGAGAGAUAUGGUCUACGAAGCCCUACUUGGUGAACCUCAAAACUACUACGUCGACGGCGAUGGACGCAGUCUUGAAGAUCUCUUCCCAGCAAACGUUGUGCUCCACAACCCCCAUAUUGGCAACAAGUUGUUCGUUGGUGAGGAAACACUUACUGAACUGGCGGACAUGUGGUAUCGGCACUCAGUCUUCAGGCUCUUUGGCGAUUCUACCGUGGCUUGUCUUUUUCGCAAUGAGUCCUGGGAACUGCCUGAUCUCGAUCCCGCUCCAUUGAUACGCCACGUAUACAUGGCUCUAUACCCCAGAGGCCGUUGGGAUAACAUGUGGGAUGGAUUUGUGGAAACUGGGAAAGAGCUUCAUCUGCCAUCGGACUUCGAGCAGCUUGCGAAACUGCAGCAACCGGCGACAUUCACAAUCGGUACCUACUUCGAGGAUUGGGAUUAUCAUGGUAAGACGAGAGAAGGAAUGAAGACCUUCGUCGAUGCAAUGUCCAGAAGGGUUUUUCCAGUGUUGAAGCAGUUGAUCGCUUCUGGCGUGGGCGUCACUGUCAAGAUAUACGAAGCGGAGCUAGAAGUCGGAUUGGAAUAUCUCGACAGCGAGAGUUGGUCGAAGCUGGUACGUGGAGUGCAUCUCCGACAGUGA